AUGAUAAGUUCCACAACCGCAAGUGCCCUCACUGAAGAGUACUACAUACUCCACCUCAUUUAUCACAGAAGCAAGAACCAGCACAGAGUACAGAAGUGGUGGCAGUACCUCAACAUCUUCCAUCGUAAGCUCCGGAAGAUCGUCAAGCUAUCCAUCGACAUCGAGAAACUCUCGUCAAAACCCAAGAUUCAAGCGAAGAACGACCAGAUUCUCGAGACAAUUCGGUACCUCAUCAAAAACCAGGUGUUCAAAAAGGCGUACUACGAGUACAACGGAAUACUAGCGUUGGGCCAGUUUAUCAACCUUGGAUUUGCAUUGCUCGGAAGUUUGAGUAAGAUUUAUGCCUUAUUCAUGGAGAUAGAUGGGGUCAAAGAACAUAUUUCAAAAGCGCAAGAACAGAAAAUGGAUAUUCCCAGUGAUACAGGACUCACCACAAAAGACCAGAACAAGACCAUAGACGAAAUAUUUGGAAAGAAAAAGAAGGACAAGAAGCCCAAAAAGGAGAAGAAGAAAAAGAAGAAAAACGACAUGGACGAUAUAUUUGGAUUCUAGCAUCUCGAGGAGAAAUGUGAAAGAAAACUGGGGUUUUAUUUAUGGAAUCUGAAUUGUUAAAACUAGCACGAAUUUCCCCCAGUCUUAGUUCUAUGGCGCAAGGCAUACCUAGGAGACUACACAUGUUAUAGAUUAGACAGGC